AUGGUGAGCCAUGAAGAGGAAGAAUCUCAACCUCUAAUGGCAGGACACGAUCCCGUAGACGUCGACGUUGUGCCCGUCAGCGGCAGCAACAGCAAUAGCGAUACCGAGCACGACAGAAGAAAUCGAGACAAUGCGAAUCAUCCAGAUGCGCCUCUCGAGUCUAAUUCUCGCCUCGAAAUCGACGAUAGCGAUCCUCCGACCCCGCUCUUUGUACAGGACGAGAGUUCAUGGAAAAGAUGGAAAUGGGUUCCUUUUCCUGUUCGACGAGGCGUCAACUGGAUCGCUAAAUGGUCUCACGGUCCUACGAACCCCCAGCCCUAUCGCAUAAAGCCUUUCUUCUCGAUCAUACAAGAAUAUCCCCUCUUUCUUGUCGAGCGCUUUCUGCCCAAAAGAAAACACCGCCUUUGGCUCGUAUUUUUCUACCUCUCUAUCUGGAUCGUCACUUUUGCUCUGGUUAAGCGCCGGGACUCUGUGGCGAGUGAGAUUGAAGGAUGGGGCAUGCCUCAGACCAUCGGAUGCGGUGUGACAUAUUGGGGUAGAGGGAACGCGUGCGGUCUCGAUGGAAGUGAGUGCCGUCCCUUCAGCGGUAGCGGAUUUCCCUUCAGAUGCAGGGCGAAUUGCGAGAGCUUUCAUGUUCUCAACCCUAGAGCGGUUGGGAACCAAGAAGUUAUCUAUGCGCCCAUGGUUGUAGGUGGUCCUGGGACCAAUGGAUCGGACGAGGCGGUGUAUCGUGGGGAUUCGUUCGUCUGUGCAGCCGCUAUUCAUGCCGGUGUCAUCUCCAACCAGAACGGUGGUUGUGGUGUUGUCGAGAUGAUCGGUCGCGAUCAAGAGUACGCUGCUUCCAAGCAUCACGGAAUCUCAAGCGUGGGGUUCAAUUCUUACUUCCCCUUGUCCUUCCGCUUUGCGCCGGAUGUAACUUGUUCAUCAAGCGAUUCACGAUGGGAACUUUUAGCCGUUUCGACAGUUUUCUCGGGAGUCUUGUCUCUUUUCACCAAUUCGCCAGCUCUGUUCUUCUUUUCUGUCUUUACAGGCAUCUUCUGGACUGUUGGUAUGGCCCUUGAUCCGCCUCCGCAUACCUCAGUUGCGGCAUUGUUCUCCAAUUUGAUCGGCAAAUUUUUGCCUGCCAUGUUCUGCGCAUGGGUCAUGUAUGACAAGAUGGGUGUCCGUCGUACUCUCCGUGGUCUCACAGCCCAGAUCGAAAAGACGAUCUUGUGGCUAGGCGGAUGCUGGGUUGGAGCUAUGGAGAACUACACGCUCAGCUUUAUUCCCAUCCAGCGACUAAACAAGCAUGAUCUGGACCAGCAACCCGGUGCUAGGGCUGCUCUGGCUAUCAUCAUUAUUUUGCUCGCCGUGAUCAUUACCUCGCAGGUGUGGUUCUUCAGGCAAGAAGGACGCCUGAUUAAGUACCUCAAGCUCUAUGCGCUUCUUGUGGCAGCUAUCCUUAUUUCACUUACCAUUCCAGCGCUCAGUCUACGUAUCCACCACUAUAUCAUUGCUCUUCUGCUUCUUCCUGGAACGAGUAUGCAAACACGACCAGCUUUACUCUACCAAGGCAUCCUCGUUGGUCUAUUCAUUAGUGGUAUCGCUCGGUGGGGUUUCGAUCCUGUGCUACAAACAUCCCUAGCCCUGCAAGGCGAUGCUCAGAAGGGUUCACGACUGCCCUCAAUUCCAACGCCGGCCAUCAACCUCGGCAACGGAACAGACGCUCUGUCAAACAUCACGUUCAAAUGGAACGAGCCACCGGCCCAGUUGUACGACGGUAUCAGCAUCCUCGUCAAUGAUGUGGAACGUUUCCGCACAUAUUUCAGCGAUGUAGACUCAAAGCGUGAAUUUGUCUGGAGCAGAAAUAGCAGCUUGAAUCUACCAGAGUACUUCCGUUUUGCAUACAUGGAUGGAAGCGAGAGUGGGGAUUAUACAAAGGCUGGUAUCUGGACAUCAGACGGCGAGUGGACGAAAAUGAAACCUGGUCCGUCUCGGCGAAGCUUGGAUAAGGAUAAAGAUGAAUUGGUUCAGCGAAAAUGA